UUAUCUAUCUAUUCUACCUCCCAGUCCCUACCUUGUUGACCUAAAAUCAAAGGUCCAAAAUCCACUAACUUUUCAAUCAUUUAAACCUUAACCGUUAUUCUUGAGUCACAUGUUCAUAUUAGAUUCCACCAUAGACCUUGAAAUUUCAAAAACCAUUCAAUUCAAAAAUUUAACACAGAUUUGAUUUCUCUGAGGUUCAAUAAUUCUUAUUUUUAACAUUAAAUAUAACAUGAUUUGUUACCUCGACAAGACACCAUUUUAUCCUCAAUAUUUGAUCUUCACUCUUGACUUGUAACUAUCAAGUAUCAACCUUAUUUCAUUCCUUUUCAAUUCAAUUUUCAAUAAUAACUGAAAAAGAAAAAAAAACUCGGUUUGUCACAAGAAAGUUCUCAUAGGAACCUCGUGAUUUUUCAUCUGCUGAACCGUUUCCGUCACGUCAAAGUUUGUUUUCUUUAUAGUCUUAUAAAGUGUCCACUAUUAGUUACAAAGAGAGGGAAAAAAACGGUUUCUUGUUUCUUGUUUUUUGUUUCUUUGAAUUGUUGCUCUCAAAGAAGGUUUUGGUGGAGAUGAAUCAUUCUGGAGGUGAAAGUGAUCAUAACAGAAAGUUAGUUGAAGUUACCAAGGACAAGAAUGGAAUAGGCCAUGUCGUUCUUCGAAACCCUCGAGGAGCUUCGGCAACGGUUAGCUUGCACGGAGGGCAAGUUCUUUCGUGGAAAACGGAACGCGGCGAAGAGUUGUUGUUUUCUAGUACUAAGGCAAUCUUUAGUCCUCCGAAACCGGUCCGAGGAGGAAUCCCAAUCUGUUUUCCACAGGUAAUUUUACCGAUACUAGUACUAUUAAUUAACACCUGAAUCCACCCAAACCAA